AUGCGUUUGGUUCCUGCUCUCUUCGCGAUUGCAACAACUGCCACUGCAGUAUCUCCUGGCACGGUUCCCCCGGAGCUGACAGUCAUCGGCGAGCCAUCGACCCUUUUGAAUAAUCUUUCCGAAGUCAGCUUCAAGCCCGGUAAUUUCCUCAAUGCAAUAGUCUCCAAGGAUGAACCACAGCCCCACCUGGAUGACUUGGGAUUGAACAGAACCGAUCGCUACCUUCUGCUAAUGGUUGACCUCGACUGGAACAAAACUAGUCCCCCAUCGGUAAUUGUGCACACCGUCGUCGCCAACCUGACCACGAAUAUCAACAGUACUAGCAAGGCAAACAUCAUCGCGACGUACAUUGCUCCCCAGCCAAAGUCAGGAACACACAAUUACACAUUAUUCCUCUUCAAACAGCCGUCCAAUUUUAGUAUACCUGUCCACUAUGAGUCCUUCAUGGAGACGACCGAUCAAACCCUGUUCAACCGAUUGAACCUACCGCUAGAGAGUUUCAUCAAUCAGACUGGCCUCGGACCACCGGCAGCAGCCAAUUACUUCCGUGUUACGGCAAGCAACGGGACCAGUACUGACACCGCCACCACCACCACCACCACCACCGGCAGGGUCGCUAGCAGCACUUUCAGUGGGACAUCCAUCAAGAUGGUGGCUAGAAAUUAUCUUGCGGGUGCACUGGCCUAG